AUGUUGUCCAAAACAUUACUAGCAGCUUCACUGCUCGCCGCCAAAGCUGCGGCGACUAUCUUCUACGCUGGAGUCGCAGAAAGUGGUGGAGAGUUUGGUGUUUACAGUGCUACUGCAACACCCGGGUUUGGACUUCCAGGUCGUUUCGGAGUCGACUAUCAAUUCAUCAACAAAGCCGCAAUCGACGUCUAUGUCGACCAAAACAAAGUCAAUCUAUUCCGUAUAGCUUUUCUGCUGGAGCGAAUGUGCCCUCUCUCAUAUGGACUUGGAGCUAAGUUCAAUGAGACUCAUUUCCAAGAAUUUGCAGAUGCUGUCAACUACGUCACUGUCACCAAGGGAGCAUACUGUAUCCUCGACCCUCACAAUUAUAUGCGAUACAAUAAUCCCUCUCAACAACCGAUGACGGGAAGUAUUAUUGGAGACACAUCAGAUGUUACUGCAGCGACGACGGCUCAGUUUGCUGCGUUCUGGGGUGAACUUGCUUCUAGGUUCAAGAGCAAUGAGAAGGUCAUCUUUGGGCUGAUGAAUGAGCCCCAUGACAUGGACAAUAACUUGGUGCUCGCUAACGACCAAGCUGCAAUUAAUGCUAUUAGAGCAGUCGGCGCGAAUCAGCUUAUUCUCGCUCCUGGAGGUGGUUGGACUGGAGGACACUCCUGGGUAGAAUCAUACACCGGCAACUCCCCCUCUUCAAGCGAAGUGAUGUUCAAGAUAACCGACCCCGUAAACAACACUGCAUUCGACAUCCACGAGUACCUCGACGUCGAUUUCUCAGGCGGCCACGCCGUUUGCGCCCAACCCGCAGCAAGCAACCUCGCCGGCGUCACCGCGUGGCUCAAACAAUACGGCUUCAAAGCCAUGAUCACGGAAUUCGGCGCCGCGAACGGCACACAAUGCGCGACCUACCUCACCGACAUGGUCAACUACAUGGCCGACAACGACGUUUACAUUGGCUGGACCGCCUGGGCAGCUGGCCCAUUCUGGGGAACCUACUCGCCCUGCUGCUCCGAUUCUCAACAGUGGGGAAGUCUUGAACCGGGUAGCUUGGCUGGGGAUGGAAGUCCGGGACUCUAUACUACGGUUUGGCAGAAGUUGAUUCAGCCGCUGUUGCCGACUACGUUGCAGAAGACGGGCAUUUCGAAUGUUAAGGGGCCAGGUGGGGUCGUGGGUCCGAUUUCGAGCUCGACGGUUAAGACGAGUUCGACGAUUAAGACUUCGACGGUUGUUUCCACCUCGAGCGUGAAAUCUAGUAGUGUGAAGAGUACUAAGGUAUCGACUACGAGUACCAAGUCUGCGACUUCUACGAGCACCAAGGCGAGCAGUACUGCGUCUGCUGUACCGCUUUGGGGACAGUGUGGUGGAGGUGGCGCAUCAACUCCAUGGUCGGCGCCUUGUGCCACCGGAACUUGCAAAUUUGUCAACGAGUGGUACUCACAAUGUCUUCUCUGA